AUGGUUGUCCUCCUCAUCAUAUCCUAUAGCUCAGUCUCACUGGUCACAUUAACUUCUGAUGUGUAUUCUGACUAUGGGGAGAACAUUGCGCUUGAAGUCGGUAUCAUAGGGAUGCCUCUUCUGAUUCUGGGCAUCGCACUUCUUCUCCAGGUGGUGAUCGCAUUGUCAGGGAUGCGGGCUGCUAAGAUUUUGACAUGGAGUUCUUCAUCUCUGGAUCUAACCGCUGCUCUGGUCCACCACACACAAUUGACCCCAGUUCUUCUCCGGUGCAUGCGCAGCGUGUCCGAUUUCGAUGUGGAUGGAGGUCCAACAAGGCCAUCAGAGACACAGCCUUCUGCAUGGCAUGCGCAUCCUAGCAUCCGGAAAGUUAUCAAUUCUCUUUGGGCCCUAGUCAUAGCAUGUGCUGGAUGGGGUGCUCUCGUCCUGUACAUCCACAAUACGUAUGAGAGUUACACCGGUACAUUAACCUGGAAAUCAUGGUCGUUCUUCCCCGACGAUCAGAAUUCCUUAUACAGCCUUCGAUACCCGCUUUUGCUCACAGGGGGACCUAGUCCAUGGUGGAUUCUGACUUAUGUCAACCUGGCUAUUAUCCAGGGACCGUUGACACUUUGUCUGCACUGCUCUGAGCUCAUCGCAAAUGUCAUUCGAGAUGAAGGACAAUGGAGAUGCGGCACUGGACAAAAAGGGAUGACACCGGCGAUGAACCCGCUGAAGUCAGUUAUUGUCAAUCCGCUCUGUCUUGCGCUUUUCAUCGCGAAGCCUGCGCUACACUGGGUCUUUGGGCUCUGUUUCGUGCUCUAUGGUGUCAUAUAUCGUAUUGAUACCAACAAUUCCGACGUCAUUUUCGUGGCGGCCGGCAAUGGGAUGAAUAUGUAUCCGAUGCAGUGCUAUUUGUGUUCACCUGUUUUCACUCUCGUGGCACUGCGCCAACGACGCGGGCCUCAGCCAGCUGCAUACGGCCACCUCCAGAUACUGGCCAAUCUCGUGGAUGAGUGGGCGCCUGUGAUGUGGUGGGGCCAUAAGGAAGAUGGAAUCCCGUAUUGUCAUGCUGGGACGAGUGGUCAAGUGCUGCCGGCUGUAAAGAUGGACUGUGUUUAUGCUGGUAUCAGUGUCGGGUCCCAUCCUUCUGUUUCGUGA